CCCUGGGCUGUUUAGAGUUUGUUCGUUUUGUUUCAAAGGAAGAUUGCUGUGUCACUAAUGGCUUUCCGUCUCGUAGGAAUUUUACCCCCAUUUUUUUACGAAGAGGUCAAGCGAGCUCAGCUGCUUAGGGUUUGUGUUUUGUUUCAACGGAGAUUGCUCUGCACUAUGGUUUUCCACCUCGGAGGAAAACAAUUGGCUGCUGGUAGGGUUUUGCUCGGAGCACCAAGAACACAAAUGAGGGGUUACUGCCAGCAAUUUUCUUCCGGUCAGGGAGGCCAUUUUCAUCCCGAGGUUCAAGCUUUCUAUAACGGGAUAGUCUUCGGUGGGCUUCCCUACUUGUUCUGGGCACAUUGGCAAAUGUGGAAAAUCGAUCAGUCAAGUAACGAGGUUUAUACUGAGAGGUCUAUGGAGAUUGAAAAGAUCCUGAAGGAGCUCAGCUAAUACUUGGUUGUGGUCAUUACGGAGAUGCUUACUCUAAUUUAUAUAUCUAUCCUAUCGCAUCAUAUAUCCUACUAGUUAAAACUCAUUCAUCCUUGAUUGUGUGAUGCCCUUUUUGAAAGGUAUACUAUACACUGUCGCUAAAAAGUUUUUUUUAUUAUUUUUAAAAUCACUCUCAAAUUAUGA